UAUACAUAUUUACACUAUAUUGCCAAAGUACUGGGACACCCCUCCAAAAUCAUUGGAUUCAGGUGUUCCAAUCACCUCCAUGGCCACAGGUGUAUAAAUCCAAGUACCUAGGCGUGCAGACUGCUUCUACAAUCGUGUGAAAGAAUGGGUCGCUCUCGGGAGCUCAGUGAAUUCAAGCGUGGUACUGUGAUAGGUUGCCACCUGUGCAAUAAGUCCAUUCGUGACAUUUCCUUGCUACUAAAUAUUCCACGGUCAACUGUAAGUGGUAUUAUAACAAAGUGUAAGAAACUGGGAACAGCAGCAACUCAGCCACGGAGUGGUAGGGCACGUAAAAUGAAAGAGCGGGGUCAGCGCAUGCUGAAGCGCACAGUGCGCAGAAGUCGCCAACUGUCUGCA